AUGCCUGGAAUUGAGAUUCACAACACGUGCGACUGCCGAGUGUACGACAUUCGGCAACAGGGACAGGGCUCAAUUGACCUUUGCGGGGAGAUCAAUUAUGGCCUUUCAUCGAAGCCUCCGUCAUUGCCUUCUCUCCUGCUAUGGAACGAGGAGGGACUGCGACGAUUCGAUAAAUUUGCUCAUACGCCUUCAUACUACCUCCACGACAAGGAGCUGGAGAUCCUGCAGAGACGGAGCUGUGAGAUAGCUGCCGUAGUGCCCACUGGCAGUAUUCUUGUGGAGCUUGGAUGUGGGAGCUUACAGAAGACGGGCCAACUCCUCCGCGCUUUGGAGAAACAGGGAAAGUCCAUUCGCUACUACGCUUUGGAUGUAUCGCUCCAGGGACUGACCAGUAGCGUGGGUCAACUCUACAAGGAGCUCAGCAAUCCAAGUUUGGUGGAAAUCAUCGGUCUCUGGGGCACAUAUGAUGAUUGUGUGAGCUGGAUAUCAACGCCGUCGGGCCAGGAUCCAGUCGAAACUUCUACUAUCACCUUCCUCUGGAUGGGCAAUAGCAUCAGUAAUAUGGAAAAGCCCUCUGAUGCCAGCGCAUUACUUUCAAAAUUCAAACAGGCGUCUGAAGCUUUCAGCCUGCGUUCCCAGUUCCUCAUCGCCGCGGAUGCAUGUGAGGAUGCCGAUAUGGUUCAGGAUGCCUACGAUUGUCAAACUGCCGCGCUGAAGGCCUUCAUUCUGAACGGCCUGUCUCAUGUCAACGAUCUGAUGGGAGACACCGUCUUCCACCUCGAGGAUUGGUCGUGCGAGUCGGAGUUUGACCCGGAGAAGAGCCAGCUAGAAGUCUACUAUACUCCGCUUCGGGAUGUAACGGUGAAUGGAGCGGAUGGAGAGACGUAUCACUUUAGCAAAGGGCAUCGAAUCCGCGCGAUUUGCAGCGGAAAAUGGGGAAGAAAGCUCAUGUUUGAGGUUGCCUCGGCCGCUGGGUUGCAGAUGAACCACGCUUGGGGAGACUGUGCUGGGCUGUAUUGUAAGUUCAUAUCGUUAUAA